AACUCCUUUUUAUCGUACACUUUCAAAGCUUCAAUCUCAUCACCUUCUCUCUCUUCCCCGCCAUUUUCGGAAUCGCUCCACUUCGCUCUUGAGUUUUUGAGUUGAAAGUUCAGCUACCUACGCCUACCAGUCUAGAUUUUGUAAAUUAUCUAUCCAUAUUUUUUGACUACUACUAGUAAAAAAAUUAAUUAACCACGACUAACCCAAUAUUAAUUUAAUUUUUUGAACAUUUCAAAUCUUCAGUAUUUGAGCUGAAUUUUCUUGAUUUUUUUGUAGCGUGAAUGACCAAAACUUAUUCUAAUGUUUGAAACUGGAUUUGGUCAAUUUUGAUCUCUAUGUAUGUAUAUCGAGUCGAAAUCUAAGUUGGUUUACCAAGAUUUUUAGAUAUGGGUAUCAUCAGAGUGGAUGUAAAUAAGAUUACAAGCUUUUUACGCUUUGUAUUCGUUGUAUCAAUAUUGGGAUUUUCAUGGCAAGUAAAAUCUCAAGUACCCGGAGAUCCCAUGCAAACAAAUGUGAAUGAGAUACUCCCACUAGUUACACAGCUUAUGUAUGAACGUCUAUCUAAUCUCACUGUUAUCUUACAAGGCGAGGCUACUGACAAUUUAGGUUUUUGCAUCAAGGAUCAGGAAACAGAUUGGAAUGGUGCAUUCAAUUUUACUUCGGAUCUUGAUUUUUUAUCUUCUUGCAUUGAGAAAACAAAAGGAGAUAUUACUCAACGCAUAUGUUCAGAAGCAGAGAUAAAGUUAUACUUCAGUAGAUUCCUUGGAUUACCCACGAAACCUAAUAAGAAUUGUAACUUGACCUCUUGGAAUCCUGGCUGUGAACCGGGAUGGGCUUGUGGAUUUGGCCUUGAUAGUAAUAAUGAUAAUGUUGAUCUAAGAGAUUCAAAUGACAUGCCCGCCAGAACUAGCGAUUGUCAUGCUUGUUGCGAGGGCUUCUUUUGCCCACGUGGUCUUACUUGUAUGAUACCUUGCCCGUUAGGUUCUUAUUGUCCACUUGGGGAUUUAAAUACUACGACUGGCACGUGUGAUCCAUACCUUUACCAACUACCUCCUGGACACUCAAACCACACUUGUGGAGGAGCAGACUCAUGGGAUGAUAUUAGGAGUAGUAGGGAGGUGUUUUGUCCAGCGGGAUCAUACUGUCCGUCUACCACCAAAAAAUUACCUUGCAGUGACGGACAUUACUGCCGUACAGGUUCUACAUAUGAAAAAAAGUGCUUUAAGUUGACUUCUUGUGACCCGAACGCUGCAAGUCAGAAUCUCCAUUUACACGGUGCUUUUCUUAUAGCUGCAAUAAGCGCUUUAUUGCUUAUUAUGUACAAUUGCUCUGAUCAAGUUCUCGCCAUACGCGAAAGAAGAAACGCCAGAUCCAGAGAAGCUGCCGCACAGAGUGUCCAAAGAACUGCACAGGCACGUGAAAGGUGGAAGGUCGCAAGAGAUAUCGCUAAGAAGCAUGCACUUGGACUGCAAAAAUCAUUUUCACGGACAUUUUCUCAUCAGAAGACUGCCAGACAACCAGAGGAAAUGAUAAUCCUGGGUAAUGCUAGAACUGAGACAGACGGGGAUUCUUUCCCACCAUCUAAAGCAGCAAGGAAGGAACCAAGAAAAUACAAUAUUGAUGGGGACUUUGAAAGUAGUGAAGGCUUUAAUUCGGAUAUUAGUAAAAAAUCUGCGCCGAAGGGGAAGGACAUGCACACGGAUAGCCAAAUUUUCAGAUAUGCGUAUGGAAAAAUUGAGAAGGAGAAAGCUUUGCAACAAGAAAACAAGAGCUUGACCUUUUCUAAAAUAAUUAAUAUGGCUACAGAGACAGAGAUAACGACUCGACCGAUGAUUGAGGUUGCUUUCAAAGACCUAACCCUUACUUUAAAAGGGAAAAACAAACAUCUCAUGAGAUGUGUUACUGGCAAAAUCAUGCCUGGUCAUGUUUCUGCUGUCAUGGGUCCAUCUGGAGCUGGAAAAACAACAUUUCUUAACGCUUUGGCUGGGAAAGCUACGGGAUGCAGAAUGACUGGUCAUAUUCUUAUUAAUGGAAAGAAUGAAUCCAUCCACUCGUAUAAGAAAAUUAUCGGUUUUGUGCCUCAAGAUGAUAUUGUGCAUGGGAAUUUGACUGUAGAGGAGAAUCUCCAGUUUAGUGCCAAGUGCAGGCUAUCGGCUAACAUGCCAAAAGCGGAAAGGGUUCUGGUUAUUGAAAGAGUUAUCGACUCUUUGGGGCUACAACAAGUAAGAGAUUCCUUAGUUGGAACCGUAGAGAAGCGGGGGAUUUCCGGAGGUCAGAGGAAACGAGUAAAUGUUGGAAUGGAAAUGGUUAUGGAACCUUCACUGCUGAUCUUAGAUGAACCAACAUCUGGUUUAGACAGUUCAUCUUCCCAGUUGCUUUUAAGAGCACUUCGCCGUGAGGCUCUUGAAGGGGUGAACAUCUGUACUGUAGUUCACCAACCCAGCUACAGCCUAUUCAAGAUGUUUGAUGAUCUAAUACUACUCGCAAAAGGUGGUCUAAUCGUAUACCAUGGGCCAGUGAAGAAGGUCGAAGAGUAUUUUGCAGGCCUUGGGAUCAUAGUUCCUGAUCGAGUUAAUCCACCAGAUCACUUUAUUGACAUUUUGGAGGGUAUAGUGCCAUGCACAAGCACAAAUAUGAAACAGCUUCCAGUCAGAUGGAUGCUUAAGAAAGGAUACAGGAUACCCCUUGAUAUGCAGCUCGAAGCUGCUGAUGUUGCUUCUUCGUCCAGGGAUCCGGACACAAGUAAUGACCCAGAAUGCGAUGGUGCUGUAGCUGGACCUGAAGAUAAAUCUUUUGCUGAAGAUUUACGGGAGGAUGUUAGGAGUAACGUUGAGCUCCGCCGGGACAAUGUACAUCUAAAUUUCCUCAAGUCUAAGGACUUGUCCAAGCGCCAAACUCCUGGUGUACUUAAACAGUACAAAUACUAUCUUGGGAGGGUUAGCAAACAAAGGUUAAGAGAAUCAAAAAUACAAGCAGUGGAUUUUCUAAUCUUAUUACUUGCUGGAGCCUGUUUAGGAUCACUUGCUAAAGUGAGUGAUGAGAAUUUUGGGGCCGCAGGUUACACCUACACAAUAAUAGCAGUUUCUCUUCUAUGCAAGAUUGCUGCUUUGAGAUCAUUUUCAAUGGAUAAGCUAAUUUACUGGAGAGAAAGUAGUUCAGGCAUGAGCAGUUUGGCGUAUUUUCUCUCGAAGGAUACAGUUGAUCUUUUUAAUACUCUUGUAAAGCCCGUGGUCUAUCUCUCCAUGUUUUAUUUUUUCAACAGUCCUAGGUCUUCGUUCCUGGAUAACUACAUUGUUCUGGUCUGUCUUGUGUACUGCGUGACUGGUAUUGCUUACGCAUUUGCCAUCUUUCUUGAACCUGGCUCGGCUCAGCUGUGGUCGGUUCUCCUUCCUGUUGUUUUGACUCUCGUUUCAACUCAGCAAACAACUGGAAUUGUUAAGUUCAUAGCAAAUUUAUGCUAUCCGAAGUGGGCUUUGCAAGCAUUUAUCAUAGCAAAUGCAGAAAGGUAUUCUGGAGUUUGGUUGAUUACACGCUGCGGUUCGCUCAUGAGAACAGGCUAUGAUCUACGCAAUUGGAACCGUUGUAUAUCCGUCCUUAUCCUAUAUGGUGUAGGUAGUCGCACGUUGGCGUACCUCUUGAUGGUGACUUUCAAAAAGAAAUAGAUCAAGAAUUUAGUUCUUUAUUGUUUCUCCUAUACUUUUAUAGGCCAAAAACAAGAGUAAUGCUAGGUUGACAUUAAAAAUCAACCGUGAAAUAUCCCGGUAGAGACAAACCCCUGGGACCCCCACAUAGAGAUUUGCAGGGGGUGCUGUUUACCCACCGCAGGGUUCACCAAAGAUGUGAGGUGCGGGAUAUUUCAGGGGAUUUGAUCCCCGGUAUAUCUAGCAUUACUGCAAAAACAAUGAUACAAAAAAAGAAAGUAAAGGGACGAGAAGUAUUGUCUGUUGUUGUAACACACACCCCAUUCUAGAGUGCUGGUUAUUAUUACGAUACCAGUGGUCAGCCUAGUCAUUAGAAAUUGGCAGUUUGACGCAUGAAGCAGAUGGUUAUGUAGAUAUCGCUCUAACCAUACCAUGAUGUCUUUUAGGACUCAACCAUUUAGAAUGGUUAAGAUACCCAUUCUUUGAUUGUAAGUAGUAUAUUUUGUAAAUUCUGCAAAUUUUGUGAGUUGCCGUUGGAUUUUUUUUCUUUGCU